AAGGGUCACUGUAUGUAGGUUUUCAGCUCUAAGGUCCCCACUCAUCACAAUCGUUGGCCCUCAUCCCGCAUUGGAGCAUAGCGUUAGUAUCUUUCGGUGUAUCAACAACAUAGGCACCUGAUCUAUUUGAACUUUAAACCACAAGGAAAGUUUUCACAUAAGCUGCCUUUCUCCCGUUAAAGGUGGGUACCUUUCCCUAAAUCCUUCUCCCGUGCAUGCUAUUCUCCUGUUCCCCCGAAGGGCAGUAUCAAUACGGCAACCCGAAAGCUCGUUAUCAAAGUGGUCUCUUCUCAAAAGCUUAUCUGCCAGAUGAAAACAGGUUCAUAGUAACAGGUGGCCGUUGAGCUCCUAGUUUGACUGUUGGUGCCAGACUAGAAUGGAAGAAUGCCCAUAAUACUAAAAUGAAGAAGAAUACCUCACUAAUAAGAAAUAGAGCAACACCCAUUGUGAUUCCUUUCUUUUACUAGAGAGAGUAGUCCAAGCCUCUAAAUAUCUUGAGGGCUUUGUGUUGGAUCUGAUGGUUGAGCCUUUGUUCUUUGCGAGCCUUGCCUUUCUCUUUUUUGCUCUGCUAUGGAGUUCUUUGAUGGUCUAUCUUCGCACCUGGCGCUUCUGGCGCUUUCUUCCUUCCACCUUCCUCUUGUACUCGACUCUUCCCCGAUCACUCCCCAACAAAGGCUUGCUUGUCUUCGCCAUAGUCCAAACUCUUUCUCGUGUGACUGUGGUGCUUUCUUGAGCGAUGACUUGGGAGGGUUCCGGUCACCCCUACCCGGGCAGACAACCUCCCUCAUUCACAUCAGAAAUGGCAAAGAUUCCAUUUUGGAAAGUAAAUCUCUUUUUGUAUAGAUAUAAAAUAGCAAAAGUACGGUUCGGAGUCUUUUCUUUCUUAUUUGAAAUCCAAAUCGAAAUGCCUCAACUUGAUAAAUUAACUUAUUUCUCACAAUUUUUCUGGUUAUGUCUUCUCCUCUUUACUUUUUAUAUUCUCUUAGUUAAUAAUAAUAAUAAUGGAAUACUUGGAAUUAGUAGAAUUCUCAAACUACGGAACCAACUGCUUUCGCGCCGGGGGGGCGAGAUCCAGAGCAAGGACCCUAAGAAUCUGGAAGAUAUCUCGAGAAAAGGUUUUAGCACCGGUCUCUCAUAUAUGUACUCCAGUUUAUCCGAAGUAUCCCAAUGGUGUAAGACCGUCGACUAUUUGGGAAAAAGGAGGAAAAUCACUCUGAUCUCAGAUUUCGGAGAAAUAAGUGGCUCACGAGGAAUGGAGAGACAGAUUCUCUAUUUGAUCUCGAAGUCCUCAUAUAACACUUCUUCCAGUCGGAUCACUUGUUGGAAAAACAUAAUGCUCACACAUGUUCCACACGGGCAAGGAAGCAUAGUAUUAUGAUGA